AGUUUGGGUAGCUCCUCCAUCCAGCAACCUGCUCUGAAAUCUCUCGGAUUACAAGCGCAGAAGUACAAGCAGAAGCUCGCUUUGCUCCUCCGUCAAGGUUGCUCAAAGAAUCGGCUGGGCUCCGGCGCUGAUCGAUCCCCAAAGCUCCAAGCCUUUGGAAACUUCCCAGGAGCUCCGGUGCAAAGGAGAUGGCCAACAGUGGUCUACAGAUGCUGGGCUUCAUCCUGGCCUUCGUCGGCUGGGUGGGCUUGAUCAUCAGCACGGCCAUGCCCCAGUGGAAAAUUAACGCCUAUGCUGGGGAGAACAUCUUGACAGCCCAGGCCAUCUACCAAGGUCUUUGGAUGAACUGCAUCACGCAGAGCACAGGGCAGAUGCAAUGCAAAGCCUUCGACACCUUGCUCAGCCUCCCAAGUAAGUGGUUUGCUAGAUUUCCUUUCGGUGCUGGGCUGGUGGGUUGCUCUUCAGUUCAGCACACCAGGGCUGUGGUGUCAAUAAACUGCCUUUCUUGGUGAUCAGCACUACAGGGAAUAAGAAUUCCAAGACAGAAGAGGCAGGAUAACUUUUACAAGUUGUCAAAUUACACACCUCAACAAGAAAAGCAGGCAUCUCCGUGUCGCACGCGGCCUUAGAGACAGAAACUUUUGGUUUCACUGGGGAAAACUUUUUUUAAAAAAGUUUUAUUUGAAUUUGGGAUUUUUACAUACAUCAUAUUAUCUCCUUCCAACUCUACAUUUCCCGUACAUUUUUUUCCUUUCCCCCCCUUCCCACCCCCACCCCUGCCAUAUCCAUUGGAAGGGUUCAAACUAUUAUCCUCCGCCACGGGCAUAGAGUCGUUAGUUUCCACCCAAUGUCUUUUGUUCCAGUAGUUUUUAUCCAUUAAAGAUAGGGGUUCCAUAUGUUGACCUUCCACCUUGUUUCCUGUGACAUGACUGCGACAAUGUCCGACUGAAGAAGUUCAAACAAAUAACUAUUCCAUGCCUCUACUGUCCAUUUUUCUCUAUCUUUCCAACCUAAAGCUAUCAUUGCCUUUCCCGCUAAUAUCAUAGCUUUGAAGAUAAACUGGUCACCUUUCUCUAUAGCCCUGUUUCCAUUGUCAUGAAAUCAAAGUCUACUGAAAGCUUCACUUAAAAAAUUUCAUUAAUAACCUUUAGGGUUUUAUUCCAGAAUUCCUUUACCUCUGGGCAUUCCCUGGGGAAAACUUCUUAACCAGACUCAGGGAAAUAAUUUUUUUCAGGCUACAGAGGCAUUUCUUAGGCUUCUACAAGGUCCCAGAGCAUCAAAGAAGUCCUUCGGUCUUCUCUAAUUCAAAGGCCACUUGGCUUUCCAUGCUUUCUUUUACUGCUUACACAUCUUAAAUGUAUACAUCCGUAUUUCCCCCCAAUCCCAACUGCACUCCAUACCCCACAGACAGGACUCUCUUCUCGGCUACCAUUGCCUUAGCACAACAGUAUCAGGCUGGUUCACAACAAAGAGCUCUGUGAGGUCGAUUGUCACAAUGCCCAUUUUACAGAUGAGAAACUGAGGCUGGCAGGUGGCAGUUUUCUCAAGGCUGCUCAGUGGAGGUGGGAGCUGUUCUGUCUGCCUUUCUCCGCAAAAGACUCCUGGUAGUGAGAAAACAGUCGCUAAGGCACGUAGGAAACUGUUGGUAGGGAUGCAAAUUCCUCUUGUAGGUUUUGUUCAAGAUACGCUUGAAAAUCCUUCUGGCUGCUUCUCACAAGGGUGGGGACAGUAAUUAUGUAGUAUCUAUUUUGGAUCAUUAUUUAAUGGUAGCCAGCUUUGGAGUUUCACAUAACUCAUUCCUCUCUGAUGAGAUCUGUCUAGUUCCAAAGCACACUACUUUUUCAUCUGAACUAUUGAUUCCUAUUGACUCACAUUUGUGAUUCUCCCUUCCCUGACCAGGGGUGAUGUGUGUUGAGGUUCCAGAGGGCAGUUGUUAAAAGUACAGGAGUUUUACGGAGCUAAAACUGACGUGUACAUGUGAAAAUUGGAUUCUUCGCGGACAGCGUUUUUCACAGUUCAAGUUACUUAUUUGUCCUUGACAGAAGUUUAGAAUUUAACAAUGUUUGAGAUCGAUUUCAGAAGAUUUGAGAGGUGACAUGCAAUGGUAUUUUGUAUUUGGCAAUAUGUAACAGAUGAUAGGUCAUGAGAGUUCACCAGGGACGUUUGUCGGAAUCAGACCCUUAAGAAACAAUGUUGUUCUGCCCAACAACAGCCCUGAAACAGCAAGUCUGAACUGUCCACAUUUUAAGGGUAAUUGCAUAAUCAAUCUUCUAGAUGUCCUUCGGGAUCUCUUCCAAUUCUACAAGUCCUUGAAUCUAUGAUUUCAAUUUGAAUGUCAAAUUUUCUGUUUAUUGAUUCUUAAAGUCAUAUCCUGCCUUCACAUGAAAAUGUGCCUCUGGCAAUGUGAGCAGCCAAACUGAAAUGUUGAGGAACCUCAAAUGCAUCUGAAGGUUUUGCUUCACCUCUGAAGAGGCAGAUAUAGGCGGAAUCAUGAGAUAUCACUGCUUCCCUGGGUUCCAGUAUGGAUGAUUUUAGUCACUGAACGAGAAAGAAGUUGACAUAUUGGCUUUUCCUUAUGCCUUUUGCUCACCCCAAAACAGUUGCACCCCAAAUCUGAGGUUGGAUGGCCAGAUUAAUACAUUGCAGGGGGUUGGACUAGAUGACACCGGGGGGUCCCUUCCAACUUGAUGGUUCAGAUGUCAGCAUUCGUAACAGAAGCUUGUUCCCAGGGAUCUUUGCUAAGAGUCCUGGAAGUUAGCCAAAAGGCUUGAGGGCUCACAGCUGAGAUGCAAAAGCCACUUUUCAGCAGCGGCUACUGACUGUUGUGUCACGACAAACUUGUCCGUAUCAUGUAACAUAAGUCUUUAUUCCUCUGGGUAGCUGGAAGGAAAGAAAGGGGGGGGAGAAUAAUGACUAUAAUUUGAUUUAACUAAAUACUGAGGCUGGCUUGGCAAGUGCUGUUUCUGGGGGAUGGAGGGAGAUGAUUUAGCAACGGUGGACACAAUUAGCAGAGUUUGGGGUUUAGGAAUUUGGCGAGGGUUUCCUGCGAGUGUUUUCAUGCUGUUCCUAGAAAGAACCUGUUGGCUGGCUUUCUCGUUGGUACUAGCAAGGUGACCAGAUCCCUAUCCCGUGGCUGCCAGAGCUGAAAUUAAUUGGGGCGCACAACUUAGGCGGUGUCCGUUCACCCUCUGCGGGGCGCAAUGGUCUCUGAGUUCACAUCGGGCAUUCAGGCAACAGCCUGCGGAUAGAUAGCGUGUGCACAAGUGGAACGAGGUGUGCCCACAAUCUCUCCAAACCAGAAGUCAUGGCUUGGGCAUCGCUCCUGUUGUGCGCAUUUGGGUAUGUGUGGGUGUGUGUGUGUGUGUGUGUGUGUGUGUGUUUUGGUGUGCUUUUGCCAGCUCAGCUCUCCUUUCCAGGAGUGGGUGGAAUAAGCAUGAGCUUGAGGGGGGAUAGUUGGAAAAACAGGCAAUACCUCCCAUCACACACACUGAUUCCUGGUUGUGUGUCCAGAUCCUGAGACCUCCCCCAUAAAUACAGUGGUACCUCAGGUUGCAUACGCUUCAGGUUAUAGACUCUGCUAACCCAGAAAUAUUACCUUGGGUUAAGAACUUUGCUUCGGGAUGAGAACAGAAAUCAUGCUCCGGCAGCACAGCAGCAGCAGAAGGCCCCAUUAGCUAAAGUGGUACCUCAGGUUAAGAACAGUUUCAGGUUAAGAACGGACCUCCGGAACGAAUUAAGUACUUAACCUGAGGUACCACUGUAAAAACACAUUUGACUCAAAUUUUGGUUUUGGUUUUUUGGCAGAAUUUAGGCCACAACUUUACUGAUUACAGAUAAGUGAGUGGUUGCAUAGGCUCUGGUUCGACUAGCUCCCUAUGCCCACGGUAGGUAGCGCUGACCCAGGGCGCACCAUAGGUCAGCCAAGGGUAAACACCUGGGGAAGAUCAAGAGCCUGGGAGCAGACUCUGUCCGCUUCCCAGAUGCUCCCUGGGACUCAGGCACAGGCACAACCCCCAACUGGGGUUGACCAAACCAAUUAGAGUCCUUGGAUUCCUUUAAAGCAGCCUUUCUCAACCUGUGGGUCCCCAGAUGUUGUUGAACUACUACUCCCAUCACCCCUAGCUAGCAAGGCCAUUUAUAAUUAUUAUUAUUAUUAUUAUUAUUAUUAUUAUUAGAGGUUCAGUCACAUUGAUCUCCCCAUAACAUGUGCCCUCUGUGAGGAGGACACGAUAUAGGAAAAUUUUCAAAGCUCCGAUUUGAAAAUUUAGAGUUUGUGCUUGAUCAUUUGGAAAGCAGUGGACUCUCCUUCACUGGAGAUUUUUUUAAACACAGGUUGGAUGGUCAUCUGUCAGGGCUUCUUUAGCUGUGAUUCCUGCAUUGCAGGGGGCUGGACUGGAUGACCCUUGGUGGCCCCUUCCAACACUACAAUUAUUUGAGUCUAUGGAUUUCUUCUAGCUCAACUUCAGCCAUUCCAGUUAAUACAUUUUAUGCGUAGCACAGAGAAAGAGAGAAGUUUUUCUCCCUCUCUCCUAACACUAGGACUCAGGGACUUCCAGCAAAGGGGGAUGUUGGAAGAUUGAGGGCAGAGAAAAGAAAGUCCUCCUUCAUGUAGCCCAUAGUCAAACUGGAACUCACUGCAGGAUCACCAACCUCAAUGGCUUUAAAAGAGGAUUGGACAAAUUCAUGGAGGAGGAGAGAGCUAUUGACGGCUACUAGUUCCACUUUGGAGGGCAGUAAGUGCUCAGGGACGCGGGUGGGCUUGCCGAUCAGAAGGUUGGCGGUUCGAAUCCCCGCGACGGGGUGAGCUCCCGUUGCUCCCUCCCUGCUCCUGCCAACCUAGCAGUUCAAAAACACGUCAAAGUGCAAGUAGAUAAAUAGGUACCGCUCCGGCGGGAAGGUAAACGGCCACCUGUUUGGCCACUGUGAGAACAGGAUGCUGGCCUAGAUGGGCCACUGGUCUGAUCCACAAGCCUCUCCUGAUAAUCUCAUUUUUAAAAGCAAGAGAUUUGGGCCAGAAGGAAACAUGAUCUUGGGCACCCUUCUUGAUCCUAGAUGGCUACAAAGUCCAGGUUGACUAGGGCCUUUCCAUCAUAAAAAGACCCUCUGUGCUUCCUCAGAGGCUCAUCCUUGCCUCCAUGUUUGUCCCUCAGUGCCCAGCACUGAGCUUUGGCACUGGAAAGUGGUGCUGGGUCUGAUCUUUAAUUAAGCCCUGCUCCCAGCAGAGUCCAACUGCUCAGCUAUUCUGAGGGCGUCAGAAAGCACCUCUGUUCUGGCUCCUGUGUCUGUAGCUGGUGCCACAAUCUGAUUAGCAACCUUUUCUCGCUCAGCAAAUCCCUCACGGUUUCCUGCUGAGCUCUGUCUGAACUGGUAAGCCGACUCGUCAGGUGGCUUCCAAAUGGUUGAUAAAUGCAUGGUGGCAGAAGCUUUAGCGGGCAUGCGCCCGUCAGCUUCUCGAGUACGUCUUGCGAUGUGGAUUCAAGCCCACAAACACAUCCCUGGCCUCUGAGACGUUUAAGGUGCCAGAAGCUCCUGUGUUGCACUUGCUGCAGUUGCAGCUGGACAGGGCAGCUGGCUGGUGUGGCUCCCCUUCAGGAAUUUGUCAAGGACACUUUGGAGGCUUGAACGACUAAUGAGAAGAGGGCGAAAGAGCUUUGAUUCCUGCAUUUGCAGGGGUUGGGCUAGAUGACCCCUGUGGUGCCUUCCAAUUCUAUGAUGCUAUGAUGCUAUGAAAAUGUACUUGCAAAGUCCGGCCUAAGGUGUUGAGGCUUUUAAAUCCCAUGUAUGCACGGUGAUGCUGGUGCUAUUCAGCAAUGCGCACACACUUCUCCCCUUCUCUGUUUCAUGUUCAAAACAACCCUGUGCGGUAGAUUAGACUGAGAGAUUGUGAAUGUCCCAGUGAGCUUCGUGGCAGAAUGGGGAGUUGAAACCUGAUCUGCCAGGUCCUAGUCCAACCCUCUAACUGCUACACAAUCUGGGCUCUGUAAUACACUCUGUCCAUGUUCAGAGACAUGCUUUCCUUUGUUUAUUGCUUCACACUGCUUUGGGAACAGAUUCUGGGUUUGAGCCAGACCUCAACUGAAGCCACAGUCCCUUACGCCAAUGGUUUUCAACCAGUGUGCCAUGGCACCUUUGGGUGCCUUGAAUGAUGGUCAGGGGUGCUGUGGGCAACACUGUCCUCUGUCCCUCUUUCCUCCCCUCCCUCCUCUGAUGCCCCCUUGAGUCUCUGCCUCCCAAAGGCUUGCACAGCUGUUUCUUGCAGCAGCCCUGGUUACAAGUUCCCCAGGCGAAUGGUGUCUCUGAUGCUGGCCAGGGGGUGCUGGUUGCCAGGAGCUGAGGUGGCCUUGGAGUAAGCAAGCAAGCGGGUGAGGGAGCCCAGCCAGAUAGUCUGCCAGCCCUUGCUGUUGAGAAUGGACAGACAAGUCCUAGGCCCUGUGGGGCAGUGUGAGGAAACACCUCUCUUUGGGUUGGGGGGGGUGCAGCUCAGAGACGAGGGGCAGCAGCAGCAGAUGCCCAGAGGACUCCCAAAAAGAGGAGAGAGGAGGCUGAGGGCACACUCCACAAGGGAGGGUAUCGAAAAAGGGUGAGAGGCUGCCAUUUCUGCAGGAAGGGGUGACAUAACUGGGCUCCUGGGCCCCACAAGGGAGAUGCAGAAAGAAGGUAGUUGGUCAAGGGAGCCGUGGACUCAAAAACAUUGGAAACCUCUGCCUUAAGCCCCCAAAAUCUGAGAACAUGGCAACUCAGCCUGCCAAGAUGACCUUUCUGUUCUUUGGAUAAGACAUUGAUGCAAGGGUAAUUAAAAUCCACUCCCUGACACCCCGUAUUGCAUCUGAGUUCUGCAAAGGGAUCGUCACUCAGUUUCUCCCUGGGUCUGAGGAAAGGUAUCAUUUGCAAGUAUUAAUAGGAUGCAGGGUUUAUUUGCCUCAGUAAGCCGCCAUCCUCUCUGUGCCUGGGUGUUGCCACCCAACAUCCCAUAGCUUCACGACUGAUUCUCAGGCAGAACCUGUCUCCAUGCUGGGGCCACACCCUGGCAAUGCACGCACACCCUGCCUUUCCCUGUUUAUGAGGGUUAGUCUGGAUCCUUCCCCUGGAAAAAGGCUGUCUCUGUUUCGAGCCUAUUUUUACUUUUGGGGAAUGCCUUUUAAAUGCUUUGUGAGUGUGCCCGCACUCAGCCUCAUGCUCCUUAUGCUCCACAACCUUUCUCCCUAUCACUCUGGAAAUUAUGUAUCUCUGUAAUAACACUUUAAAAAUUUUGUGUUGUGGGGAGCAGCUUACUUAAGAAGUAAGCUGGAUCAGGCAAGUGGCCCAUCUGGUCCAGAAUCCUGUUCUCACAGUGGCAAAUCAGAUGCCCCUGUGGGAAACCAGGAAGCAGGAUUCGAGCACAAGAGCAGCUCUCCCUUUCUGUGGUUUCCAGUAACUGGUAUUCAGAAUUAUACACAUCACUUAGGAAGACGGACAAACUAAUAUCAGUGUAUUGGAAGAAGCAAAGAUCACCAGUGUCGAAGCAAUGAUUCUUCAACAUCAACUUUGUUGGACUGGUCAUGUUGUGCAGAAGCCUGAUCAUCGUCUUUCAAAGCAACUACUCUAUUCCAAACUUAAAAAUGGAAAGCGUAAUGCUGGUGGUCAACAAAAGAGGUUGAAAGGCUGUCUCAAGGCAAAUCUUAAAAAAUGUAGUAUAAAAACUGACAACUGGGAAACACUGGCCUGUGAGCGCUCCAACUGGAGAACAGCCUUUACCAAACGUGUCAUGGGGUUUGAAGACACUCGAACUCAGGAUGCAAGGGAGAAACGUGUGAAGAGGAAGGCACGCUUGGCAAAUCCACACCGUGAUCAGCUCUCGCCUGGAAACCAAUGUCCCCACUGAGGAAGGAUGUGUGGAUCCAGAAUUGGCCUCCACAGUCACUUACGGACUCAUUGUAAAAACCGUGUUUUUGGAAGACAAUUUUACUCAGCAACGAGGGAUCGCCAAAGAAGAAGAAGACUCAGAAGGAUUGCUCCCUUCAAUUGUGGAGUCAGAGCAGAGUCGCCAUAGCUCGUAGGCAUCAAAAGCCAUGGACUGGCCUAAUCCAGGCUUUCUCAAACUCGACCCUCCAGAUGUUUUGGGCCUACAACUCCCAUGAUCCCUCGCUAGCAGGACCAGUGGUCAGGGAUGAUGGGAAUUGUAGUCUCAAAACAUCUGGAGGGCUGAGUUUGAAGAAGCCUGGUCUAAUCCUCUUUUAAAAGCCAUUGAGGCUGGCAGUCAUCACUGCCUCCUGUGGGAGAGAGUUCCAAAGUCCAACUACACAUUCUGUAAAGAAGGACAUUCAUUUCCAUGCUCUGAAUCUUCCAACAUUCUGCUUCAUCUGCUGUCCAUGAAUUCUAGUGUUAGGAGAGAGAGAGAGAGAGAGAGAAACUUUUCUGCAUCCAUUCUCUCCAUGCCACGCAUCAUUUUAUAAACUUACUAUCAUGCCAUUUUAUAAACUUCCAUCACAUAAAUUUGUGUCGAAAGUGUGGGAUAUUAAGGAAAAAAAUGGCAAAGUAGCAGAAGGCAGGGAAGGAGAAGAUGGCAGUGAAUAGAUCUGCUCCUUUGAAAGCACCACUUUUUUCUGCAGAUGGAAUUGGGUGAACGUUUGAUGGAGCCACACACAAAAUGCCAGGAACCAUGGGCUGAUUUUUGCAUGGAUCCAUGCAUCUGUUCCCCACUUUCUUGAGCGCUGACCCUUGGUGUUGCCAGGGAGUAUGGAUCAAGCCAAAAUGAACUGAAGGAGUCAAGGAGAAUUGGACGCCACUGGUUUGCUCUGACUAGGAUUUUGCUAGAUGAUUGAAUAUGGAUUUGGUAGAUGUGCCAAGAUCCUUGAAGAAGGGUGUGGCAAAAAUGAUGAUAAAUGAUUUAACAGGCACCUGAGCAAACCGGAUUUCCAAAUUGGUUUAUGUCACAGCUGCAGAGGUAACCAGAUGACCUCACUCUGCCUGAUACUUAACACUUUGCAACUGCACAAUGCUUGUUUUUUGGGGGGCGGUCAGGUUUCCGAUAACCAAAUGGUGCUCCAUGAUUGUGGGUUGAAUCUGGGUGUAUCCACACAGAGUUCAGCAAAAGCAAUCAUGUGACUGCUCCUGAGCACAGCCAAAAUUGCAGGUCAGUCCAAAUUUUAGCUUCUGCCACAUUUGAAGAGCGGCCAAGGCAGGUUGGAGGGUGUUAUGGAGCACGUCAGUCUUCCCACAUGCUGCUCUGGGCUUCUUCUGCAGUGUGUGGUUUGCCCCUCUUGCGUGAUUCAUGUUCUGCUCUUGCCCUAACAUCACUCCAUCUUCUUGGAUCAUCAUGGAGGUAUAGAUUGCCUAGGGUGUUUGAUAAAAGGCAGGAGAGAGGGAGAUCCUGGCUUGCAGAAAGAGCUAGAUGCCCUGUCCUGAGGUUAAUAUUUCAGUAGCCCUACUCUGAACAAGGGACGCGGGUGGCGCUAUAGGUUAAAUCACAGAGCCUAGGGCUUGGCGAUCAGAAGGUCGGCGGUUUGAAUCCCCACGACGGGGUGAGCUCCCGUUGCUUGGUCCCUGCUCCUGCCAACCUAGCAGUUCGAAAGCAUGAAGUACAAGUAGAUAAACAGGUACUGCUCCGGCGGGAAGGUAAACAGCGUUUCCGUGCGCUUAGUCAUGCUGGCCACAUGACCCAGAAGCUGUACACCGGCUCCCUUGGCCAGUAAAGCAAGAUGAGCACCGCAACCCCAGAAUCGUCCGCAACUGGGCCUAAUAGUCAGGAGUCCCUUUACAGUACCUUUACUCUGAACAAAACCUAAGUCAGGCUUCCUCAACCUCGCCCCUCCAGAUGUUUUGAGACUACAAUUCCCACCAUCCCUGGCCACUGGUCCUGCUAGCAAGGGAUCAUGGGAGUUGUAGGCCAAAAAUAUCUGGAGGGCCUGACUGAGGAAGCCUGACUUAAGUGGACUCCUGCCUCUGCUCUUGAUGAGAAGCCCAUGGGGCACAGUGGGACAAGGCAGGCAGGUGUUUUAGCAGCAAGGUCGGCUCCAGGUGUCUUUACUCCUUCCAGCCUGUGCCCCUUCCUUGUGGUCCAGAAGGCCUUAAAUGAGCUGGACUCUGACUUGAGCCUAGGAUGCCUUCUCAUGCUGCUCCUCUCUGGCAGUUUCCUUCGCAAAUUCAAAUGUCAACAUGGGGAACUCAAUCCCUGCCCUACAUGGAGGAGCUUGAUUCCUCAGAGGGUACCAGAUUCAUGUGCUGGAUGCUAUAGGUGCUGACUGGGGGCUCCUUGGCUCAUGAGCCCCAGAUCAGAUAGCUUUGGACUGUGGCUCAGGCCUGAUCCAGAUGCUGGGAUCAAGGUUGGUUUUUGACACCUCUCCCUCUGCUGCUGCUGAUCUUCUGCAUCUGGCCAUCCCCUCUGCCUCCAUGUCAGAAUUUGAGCUCAGGUUUUUUACUUAUUAAAUCUGUAUACAGCCCUAUAUCUGUAGAUCUCAGGGUGGUUCACAACAUAAAAUUACAAUAAAUACAGCAUAUUAAUAAAAACAAAGACAGCCCAAUAACGCCCCCUUUCAGAAGGCAUUUUCAAAGGCCUGGUUGAAGAGGAACAUUUUUGCCUGGCACCUAAAGGUGUAUAAUGAAGGUGCCAGGUGAGUCUCCCUGGGGAGAGUAUUCUACAAAUGGAGCCACCACAGAAAAAGCCCGUUCUCAUGUUGCCGCCCUCUGGACCUCUUGUGGAGGAGGCACACAAAGAAGGGCUUCAGACCCUAUUUCAGACCUCAGGGUCUGGAUAGGUUCAUACGAAGGAAAGUGGUCCUUGAGGUAUGUUUCCCACUAGGUUGCUUUCCUAGUAUCCAGAUCAAGUGAAGUAAUAGCACUGCAUUAUUAUGCCUCAAUCAGGCCACACCUGGAGUCUUAUGUCCAGUUCUGGGAACCACAGUUUAAAAAGGAUGUUGACAAGCUGGAAGGUGUGCAGAGGACAACUAAGAUGUUUAGCCUGGACAAGAGGAGGCAAAACAAUAGCCAUCUUCAAAUAUCUGAAGGGCUGUCCCAUGGAAGAUGGAGCCGCUUGUUUCUGCUGUUCCAGAGGGCUGGACCCGAACCAAUGAAUUCAAAUGACAAGGAAGGAAAUGCAAACUCAACAUUAGGAAGAACUUUCUGAGGGCACGAGCUGUUGAACCGUAGAACAGACUCACUGGGAGGUGGUGGACUCUUCUAGUUUUUAACCAGCUAUUGGGUGGCCUUCUGCCAUGCUUUCAUUGAGUUUCCUGCAUUGCAGAAGUUUGGACUGGAUGACCUUGGGUUCCCUCCCAACUCUACAACGCUGUGUUUCUAUGAUCUUCUUCCAAGCAUGAGGAACUUUCAUCUUGUGCAAUCUGAUGGCCAGGCGAGCCUCUGCUUGCCUUUCCGGCAACACCUCCUUGUGGAAUGACAAGCCUUUUAUAUUGUUCAGAAUCCAGACCCCAAGCCUGUUCCUCUCCCUUCCCAGAACAGCGUCCUGUGUGCUCUUCCCAGGCCUGCUCUUCCACUGGCCUCUGCCAGCGAUGGAAUUUAGGGCAGGGUCUCGACUGGAGCUUUUCCUUUGUAGUGGGUCUGCUCCCUGGCUGUGUGGUAAACAUCAUGGCAGGAAGAGGGUAGGGCAGCUCUCUCUCUCUCUCUCUCUCUCUCUCUCUCUCUCUCUCUCUCUCUCAACACCAGUGCCCUGUGGUGGCAACUUAAGGACAAUUGCAUUUAUCCAUUCUCUUAGAACCUCUUCCAUCAUCACCCCACACAACACACUAUAGUGUCUAUCUGUGUGUUUCUUAGGAACUGCAUGUGUUUUUGUGCAAAGUUAUUGAUAGUAUAAUGCACUUUACAUAUGCUCAUGUUAUUUUUUUAAAAAAAAUGUUUAAAAAUAUGUAAGCUAUAGCCAAAGGUUGACAAUGGAACAGAUUAUCUAAAGGGAUUGUGGCCUCCCCCACACUGGGCAAGCCAUAUGUUGGGGGUGUUUUUGCUCUGGAUUUCCUGCAUCAUUGAGUGGGAGGGUUGGGUAACAGGGACAUCUCAUUCUCUAGCCUAUGCUUUUAUUAUACAUAUUCCUUGGCUGGAGAAAGGCAUUGCAAAAUUCAGAGAAGUGCAAAGUUCAAAGGACGGAUGGCUGUGUUCCAGUUCCUGUGUUAGUUUAGAAAGUGGAAAUUAAUUUUUGCUGUUGUUUAGUCAUUUAGUCGUGUCUGACUCUUUGUGACCCCAUGGACCAGAGCACGCCAGGCACUCCUGUCUUCCGCUGCCUCCUGCAAUUUGGUCCAACUCAUGCUGGUAGCUUCAAGAACACUGUCCCACCAUCUCGUCCUCUGUCGUCCCCUUCUCCUUGUGCCCUCCAUCUUUCCCAACAUCAGGGUCUUUUCCAGGGAGUCUUCUCUUCUCAUGAGGUGGCCAAAGUCUUGGAGCCUCAGCUUCAGGAUCUGUCCUUUCAGGGAGCACUCAGAGCUGAUUUCCUUCAGAAUGGAGAGGUUUGAUCUUCUUGCAGUCCAUGGGACUCUCAAGAGUCUCCUCCAGCACCAGAAUUCAAAAACAUCCAUUCUUCGGCGAUCAGCCUUCUUUAUGGUCCAGCUCUCACUUCCAUAGCUUAAUUGUGAACAGAAAUUAAUUCAGUUGUGAUACCUUUACAGCAGGGGGUUGGACUGGAUGACCAUUUGGGUCCUCCCCAACUCUACAGUGUUGUGGUUCUACAAAUUCCUCCCCCUCUCUACUUCCAGAUGACCUCUUUCUUGAGCAUUUAUCCUGAUUUGUUUGCAUAGGGUGUUCAGGGAAGCAACACCUUUUGUUUUAUAGUGUUUUUAAUAUUCUGUUGGGGGCCGCCCAGAGUAGCUGGGAAAAGAAGAAGAAGAAGAAGAGUUUGGAUUUGAUAUCCCGCUUUAUCACUACCCUAAGGAGUCUCAAAGCGGCUAACAUUCUCCUUUCCCUUCCUCCCCCACAACAAACACUCUGUGAGGUGAGUGGGGCUGAGAGACUUCAGAGAAGUGUGACUGGCCCAAGGUCACCCAGCAGCUGCAGGUGGAGGAGCAGGGAAUCGAACCCGGUUCACCAGAUUACGAGUCCACUGCUCUUAACCACUACACCACACUGGCUCUCAGCCAGAUGGGGGGUAUAAAUAUAUUAUAUUGUUUUUAUACUUGGUGUUAGGUGCUCAGUCUUGGCUGGGGAGGGCGGGGUAUAAAUAAAAUUAUUAUUAUUAUUAUUAUUAUUAUUAUUAUUAUUGUAAUAUAAUGCCACCAUUUCUUGAGCAUCAGUUCUGUCUUGUUUGCUUUGAGGUCAUGCAACAUCCAGUAAUUGCCACCCCACACUUUCCUGUGCCAUUGCUUUCCUUAUCAAAAAAGUCUGAUUAUUAUGUUUUGGCAAAGUGGAGUGAUUCACUUUAAUUGUGCAACCUUGCACACAACUGCCUCUGAGGUCAGAGAAGGAAAUGCUUCUGAAUCCCACAUUGUGGGAGAAUGGUCUUGUGCUUGCCGGUUUCUCACACACAUCUGGUUGGCCACUGUAAGAACAGGAAGCUGGGUUUUUAAUGUAUUUUUAAUCUUUGUUGGAAGCCGCCCAGAGUGGCUGGGGAAACCCAGCCAGAUGGGCGGGGUACAAAUAAAUUAUUAUUAUUAUUAUUAUUAUUAUUAUUAUUAUUAUUAUUCAGACCCCCUUGGACCUGUUCCAGCAGACUCUUCUUUCAUGUGAAAUCUCUGGAGUGUGGCUGAAUCCCACUCACAAAAAGCAACAACCUGGAAGGGGUCAGAUGUAACUUACUUCCAAGUAGAAGCAGAAGGCGCUGUUUAUGGAUGCUCUGUUGUGAAGGAAAAGCUACUCGCUAUUAACUUGGCUAAGGGAUGCAGGUGGCAUUGUGGGUUAAACCACUGAGCCUUGGCCUUGCCGGUCAGAAUCCCUAAGACGGGGUGAGCUCCCGUUGCUCGGUCCCUGCUCCUGCCCACCUAGCAGUUCGAAAGCACGUCAAAGUGCAAGUAGAUAAAUAGGUAACACUCCGGUGGGAAGGUAAACAGGGUUUCCGUGCGCUGCUCUGGUUCGCCAGAAGCAGCUUAGUCAUGCUGGCCACAUGACCCGGAAGCUGUAUGCCGGCUCCCUCGGCCAAUAAAGUGAGAUGAGCGCCGCAACCCCACAGUCUUCCAGGCCUGGACCUAAUGGUUAGGGGUCCCUUUACCUUUUUAUUAACUUGGCUAUGAAACAUUUCACAUUUCUUCCAUGGAAGGAUGAAGGAGGCCUUUGGAUAUUAGAGGACAAAUGCCAAGGAAUGACUCCUCCAUUUUGCUCCUCUUUGCCUAUAGCCUAGUCCUAGGCAGGAAGGUCUGAUCUGGAAAGGCUAUCCCUAUAUGCUUGUUCUCCUUCUUGGUAGCACAACAAGAAAUUUAGGCUUUUCUCAGCUCUAACCAAGACUUUGAAUUGUGCCUGGAAAACACGGAUGGGACAGAGUCAGGGUGCGGCUGGGGGUUCAUUUUUAUUUUUUUGCAGAAGCUGCUCCCUUUGGCCACUCUCCAGAGUCAGCCCUGUGUAAGAAAUCUUUUAUAAGCAGUUAUCCUUUGAGCAGGAAUCUGCCUUCAGUCUCUGCUAAAGGGAGGGGAGGGAGUAGCAGCCGGAUGUGGGUAGCAGCAGGGAAAAUUACCACAUCAGAAAUAACUUUUUGGGACGUCCAGGCUGAUGACAACAAUAAGUUUGGGGCAAGGCAGGGAGCGUGUUGAUGAACCAGGAGGGCGUGCAGCGCUCCAAGUUUAAGAGUCACACGCUGUGUUACAAAAGCCUUUGAGUGCAACGUUUGGAGGAAUAUAAAAUGCAGAACCGAAUUUCCUGCGGGGAUUUGGGACAGGGCUAUUGGCUCAAGAGAUUCUCCCCCCCUCCCCCACAUAAGAACAUAUUAAGAGCCUGCUGGAUCAGGCCAAAGGCAUCCUGUUCUCAAUGGUGGCCACACAGGUGCCUCAAUGGAAAGUAUCCAGAAUCUGGCAUUGCUGCCUCUGGCUGUGGAGGCAGAGCAGAGCCAUCAUUUCCUCCUGUGGCAGUGAGUUCCACCGUUUAAAAUUAUUUACAGCAUAGACUACCCCACCCAGAACACAAUGGAACGUCUAGUCCAGGCACAGGCAAACUCGGCCCUCCAGAUGUUUGGGGACUACAACUCCCAUAAUCCCUGACCACUGGUACUGUUAGCUAGGGAUGAUGGGAGUUGUAGUCCCAAAACAUCUGGAGGGCUGAGUUUGCCUAUGCCUGGUCUAGUCCAUGGGUGGGCAACCUUUGCCAACCUGAUGCGCGCAUCCUGUCAUGGGUAACCUUCCAGUGAUUGGCAGGGCCAGAGUAAAAUACAAAACCUCUUCCAAUCUGCUUUUCUCCUUGCAGGGGGAAAGAUACGCAUGUCUGAAUUGGGGGGGGGGGGUUAGUGAAAGAAACCGCUGGCAGGCAAAAGCAUUAAGCGCUUCCUGCUCCCUCCACAACCAUUGGGCUCUCAAUUGAACCCCCCCCCAAAAAACCCCGUGUGUUUCUUUAAGACUGGAGUUAGUUAUGCACACCUGCACGUAUCAUCUGGCUCAGUCCUCGGAAAGCCCCAUGGAUGUUGCCAUCCAAAAACAUUUCUAGCUGGGGAUUCCCACAUGAGCUGGCUGCGCCGUGAUUCAUCCUGACUCCUUGCCUCUGUUCCUGGCAGUAUCAGUUGCAUCUCCAUAUCCCUGGCUGGUUUCAUCCAUCCUGCGCUGCCCUUGGGCAAUACCAGCCCUUCUCCUGAAGUCUUGGGCUUUGCGGUUAGAGAGUUGCCAGUCCGCAGGUGCAGAAGCACCUGUGGCCACCUGGCUACCUCAAGGAGACCUCACAAAGACCACCUGGAGCACUUCUAGGAGGUUCUCACCUUGGCUUUCCCAGAGAACAAGAAGAACAACUUUUUGCUUUUCAGUUAGUUAGUUUCAUGUUAAAAUGCCAACCAAACUGAUUUUCCCCCUCCACUUUCCAUGGUGUUUUUGACCUGCUUUCCCAUCUGUGACUAUGAUCCUGGCUCAUGUUGACUUGACUGGAGAGCCAGGGCUCCUUCCAAAUCCUCUCACAUCCAUUGAAGAAUCUUCCUGUGAGUUCUCAUCCCCCACAUACACAGGCUUCUUUUGAACCUCCAAGGCAAUCCUCUUAAGAUCAUGGUUGCGUAUGGCUGCAGAGGAGGGCAACGAAAUAUGAUCAAGCCAUAUGAGGAAUGGUUGAGGGAAUUGAGCAUAUAUGGCCUGGAGAGAAGUGAGAGGUGAUAUGAUUGUUGUUGUUUAGUUGUUUAGUCGUGUCUGACUCUUCAUGACCCCAUGGACCAGAGCACGCCAGGCACUCCUGUCUUCCAUUGCCUCCCACAGUUUGGUCAAACUCAUGCUGGUAGCUUUGAGAACACUGUCCCACCACUGUCCCCCCCAAAAAAAUAAAAAUAUGUAAGCUAUAGCCAAAGCUUGACAAUGGAACAAAUUAUCUGAAGGGAUUGUGGCCUCCCCCACACUAGGCAAGCCGUAUAUUGGGGGUGUUUUUGCUCUGGAUUUCCUGCAUCAUUGAGUGGGAGGGUUGGGCAAGAGGGACAUCUCAUUCUCUAGCCUAUGCAUUUUAAUACGUAUUCCUUGGCUGGAGAAGGGCAUUGCAAAAUUCAGAGAAGUGUGAAUUUCAAAGGACGGCUGUGUUCCAGUUCUUGUGUUGGUUUAGAAAGUGGAAAUUAAUUUUUGCUGUUGUUUAGUCAUUUAGUCAUGUCCGACUCUUCGUGACCCCCUGGACCAGAGCAUGCCAGGCACUCCAGUCUUCCACUGUCUCCCACAGCUUGGUCAAACUUAUGCUGGUAGCUUCGAAAACACUGUCCAACCAUCUCAUCCUCUGUCGUCCCCUUCUCCUUGUGCCCUCCAUCUUUCCCAACAUCAGGGUCUUUUCCAGGGAGUCUUCUCUUCUCAUGAGGUGGCCAAAGUCUUGGAGCCUCAGCUUCAGGAUCUGUCCUUCCAGUGAGCACUCAGGGCUGAUUUCCUUCAGAAUGGAGAGGUUUGAUCUUCUUGCAGUCCAUGGGACUCUCCAGAGUCUCCUCCACCACCAGAAUUCAAAAGCAUCAAUUCUUCGGCUUUCUUUAUGGUCCAGCUCUCACUUCCAUAUGAUAUGAUAUCCAUCUUCAAAUAUCUGAAGGGCUGACGCAUGGGAGAUGGAGAAAGUUCCUUUUCUGCUGCUCUGGGAGGGAGGACCCGAUCCAAGGGAUUCAAGUUACAAGAAAGGAGAAUACAACUAGACAUUUGGAAGAACUUUCUGGCAGUGAGAGCUGUUCGACAGUGGAACGGGCCCCACUGGAACCUGGUGGACUCUUCUUCCUUGGAGGUUUCUAAACAGAGGUUGGAUGGCCAUCUGUCAGGGAUUUUUUAGCUGUGACCCCUGCAUUCCAGGGGGGGGGGUUGGUCUAGAUGACCCCUUGAAGUACUUUCCAAAUAUUGUUGUUGUUGUUGUUUAGUCGUUUAGUGGUGUCCGACCCUUCGUGACCCCCUGGACCAGAGCAUGCCAGGCUCUCCUGUCUUCCACUGCCUCCAGCAUUUCCGUCAGACUCAUGCUAGUAGCUUCGAGAACACUGUCCCACCAUCUCGUCCUCUGUCCUCCCCUUCUCCUUGUGCCCUCAAUCUUUCCCAACAUCAGGGUCUUUUCCAGGGAGUCUUCUCUUCUCAUGAGGUGGCCAAAGUAUUGGAGUCUCAGCUUCAGGAUCUGUCCUUCCAGUGAGCACUCAGGGCUGAUUUCCUUCAGAAUGGAUAGGUUUGAUCUUCUUGCAGUCCAUGGGACUCUCAAGAGUCUCCUCCAGCACCAUAAUUCAAUUCUUCGGCGAUCAGCCUUCUUUAUGGUCUAGCUCUCACUUCCAUACAUCACUACUGGGAAAACCAUAGCUUUAACUAUACGACUUUCCAAAUCUACAGUUCUAUUAUUCUCUAGGAGAACUUUAGAUCUGCCUUUAAUCCCUCAGCCGUGUCUUCUGCCAAAGUGUAGCUGUUAUGUGGGUGGUAUUUUUGCACAUCUUCCUGGGAAGUCAGAAUUCCAGAGAUCUCUGCUACUGACCAGCAGCGUCAUGUGUGGCCUUAAGGUAGCCUGAGCCUCCUUUACGGUCAUCUGGAGGGUUGGCGGUCCUUGUUUACCCAGGUGUUAUAGGAAGCCGUCCAUUUGGUCCUCGAUUUGCUCACCCAAAUGACUUAGGUAUGUGUGUGAUAAGUGUUAGGUUUGGCCUCAAGUCAUUUCUAAAAGAUGGUUUGCCUACAAUUAACAGGUUUUGCCCCAUAACUCAUUUCCUGGGUUCUUGUUUUUAUAAUGCUUACCUUCUCGAAAAGUGGUUGUUCUGGUUUUCUUAGGCAUUUUGGUUGUGUGUUUUGCUUCUUUGUUUCCCUAAGGAGUAUAAAGCUUAGCUUCAAAGAUAGGAAAACUGUUUUAGUUGAGAUUCCUGCAUUGCAGGGGGCGGUUAGACUAGAUGACCCCAAAGGAAACGUUCCAAUUCUACGAUUUUCAGUGCCGCUCCCAUCACAGCUCUAAAAACACAACAACAAGAUUUGCACAUUCUCACUCUCGUUCCUCAGGUCUGUGGAACAUCUGGGAUUCAAAAAAUGCCAUUAGAUUGAUAUCAGUGAUGUUUCUUGUGGCAUCAGUAGGGGAAAGGCACAGUUCUGCCAUAAGGAGGUGAUGGGUGAUGAUAACUUCAAAAUCAGCCCCCUUCUCCCUCCCUUCUCCUCCUGCUGCAUUGCAAAUCGCUUGGGUUAAAAUCACCAAAAGAAGACUCGCAGACAUAAGUGGAGGAGAGAUUGCAUCCAUUAAGCCAUAACAAGUUGGAGGAACUGCAUGCAAGCAAUUAACCAAAUUAACAGAAUUUAAUUAACCAAAUUAAGAGAAUUACAGGCAGGAAGGCCUUUGCUAACUCCAGCAGGGAAACAUCCCUCGAGCUCUCUUGGCACAGAACCAGAGAAUUGUAGAGUUGGAAGGGACCCAGUGGGUCAUCUAGUCUAACCCACAUAGUCAAACCAUGGAACUCCCUCCCACUGGAGUCAGUGAUGGCCCCCAAGUCAGAUGGCUUUGAAAGAGGAUUGGACACAUCCAUGGAGGAGGAGAGAUCCUGCUCACUGGUUUCCCACAGGCAACUCUUUGGCCACCGUGAGAGAAGGAUGGGUCCAUGGCCUGAUCCAGUGGGCUUUUAUUAUGUUCUUAUGUAGGAAUCACAGCUAAUGCAGCCACCAGGUGUGACUCCCCAGUUGAGGACGAACCUCAAAGAUGAGCCUGGCAAGGGCACCUAAAGGCAACUGCAAAGUCCAGCAGACAUAAGCACGGCCCAAUCAUGCCUCGGUUUACCUGCUGUUUUCCUUCCCGCUUCCUUCCCUGCCGAUAUUUAUGGCCAGCAGUAAGCCGCCAUGCCACACAAUUGCCUAAACGGCAGUCGACUUUGUCCCUACAAUGUGGGAUAGGCAAAAAAAUGAGGGAACUUCAGGUCAAGAAGGAAUUGCCCCUGCAAAAAUUCCUACUUCAAUAGUCUAAGAAGGACAGGAAGGUGCUAUAAAGCAGAAAGCAAGAGGCAGGAGAGGCGUCAAUUUAUAAAUUGAGUUUUACCCUCCACCCCCCAAUUCUCCUUUUGGCCUCACGUGGACAUCCACCUAACCCCUUCCAUCCAGGAAGGUCAGAAGCACUCUUCUCUUCUUCAGCUGUGGCUCUUGAACUGAAAGGGUUCGGAAUAGGUGAACUUUGGGGGGGGGGUCCCUUCCAACUCUACAACUCUACGCUUCUUUCUAGGGUCAGAGUGAGGUCAAACACACUCCCACAGCUUAAUAUCCUAUGCACUUUUUUAAAAAAAUUGUAGAGGGGGGCUAUUGGGAUGUUUUCAUUGUUAUUAUAUAUGUUUUAUUAUGUAUUCUUUGAACCGCCCUGAGACCCUCAGGUAUAGGGUGGUAUAUAAAUAAUGAUAAUGAUACCAGGGAUGGCAUUGCUGGGGUCAUAAGCCCCCCUGCUGGCCAAAGGAUGAGGAUGAUGGAUUUCAUUUGCACCCCAUCCUUCCUGUAAGGAGGUCUCAGAGCAGCGUACAGAGUGCAUGCGGAAACAGACUCCCGCUGGGUUCAGUCUGAGCUGCUGAAAUCCUCCAAAUCAUUGCGCCUUUUCAUCUUUGGAAGUGAACAGCUUAGAGCCAACACCCUAAACAAAAACAAAAAAAGCACAAACUCAGAGCAAAUAAAAAACUUUUUACAAGAUGAACCGGAUCUUGUGAACCAAACAAGUCCAAACCCCUUUAUAGGCAAAGCUGAAGAAGAGGCCAGAGGCAGAAUUUUGUUCUCGGCUUCAAGGAAUCCGGAUGCAAGCAUUCCCUGCUUUUUAAAAAUAAUUGUGUGGGACAUCGCUCCCCUUACACCACCCCCCAUAAUGUUUGCUCAGAAAUCGGCCCCACUGAGUUGAGAGGGACCGAGUACCUUGGCAGGAUCACAGCUGUUGUUCAGGAGUUCACGGGGGCACACACCCAAAGGUGGCUUCUGUUCCUCUCCAAAAAUCACCUCUUGGUUUGCCUGAGUGAUUGGGCUGACCAGGUCAAGAGGACCAGUCCCUCAAGCAGCUAGGCCAGCACUUUUCUUAAACUGCAGGAGGGGCUAAGAAGCCCCUCUGGUGCUCUCUGUGACACACAUGAACUUUCUUAAUGAAGAAUGGAAGGAGCUGGAAGAGAACUUUUGGCUUUCUACAGUUCACUGCUGCUGUAUUCUGGCAGGAAUUUAUUUGUCUUAACAUGACAGUAUUAUAGAAUAGUAGAGCUGGAAGGAACCCCAGAGGCCAUCUGUACCCUUCAGGUGUCUCUCUAUUUUCCAGGGAUAGUCCUGGAUUACGAAAGCCAUCCUGGUUUCUGAUUUGAUCCCAGAAGGUCCCUAUUUCCCCUGCUUGUGCAGAGUUUGGGCCAAGGGAGUGCGUAGACCCUUUGUAAGCAGAGGUCUGAAUCUGAGAGAGAGAAAGAUGGCUUGCUGCGUAUCUUCUGGUGCACUGCUGUUGAUAUAGUCUGUAUCUUUUGCAGGGCUUUCGUAGGCAAAUUGUGACUCAGUUUCUCCAUCGUUCUAAUGGGAAGUAGGUUGAUCCACCUCCAUCAGUGAUGAGCUCAUUGACUUGGAAAUUUGUCCUGGCUCCAGCAACUUCAAAGAGGGUGGCUCAUAUCAGAAUACAGCCGGUGGUUGCAUUCCUAGAUUCGCAUACCUAGGUGUGAACCCCAUUGAAUUUAGUGGGGCUUACCUGUACGUCAUGUGGAUAGGAUUGCGCUGUUAAAGGAUUAAGCCACUUGCUAAACGAAUUCAGAGGCUAUUUAAAAAUAAAUGAAGGAUUAACAUUGGAAAUGUUUUAUUUUUGAACCAACCAAAGAAUGCAGUACAAUGUGAGAUCAUUACUCCUCAAACUUCAGAGCAUGGGAAGUCACUCAAAGAUAUAAAAUUUGGCAUAAAAUUUGGUCUUUUGGAUUGUAUUAUAAUUCAGAAUGUACUUAAUGUGGUUUUUAUUGGAUUGUUAAUAUGGAAUACUUUUAUUUUUUUUAAAAAAGGAUCUUGCUGUUAAGGUGACAAGCCAUCGUCAUCACUGGUGUAGUGCCUAAGGGUUAGAAUGGCUUAAUACAUCGCCAUGAACACAUCACUCACUUAUAUAAGGUUUUAAUAGCUAUCCCUUCUGCAAGCAUGACUGCGGAGAAGUAUCUGUGAAGAUGCAACUCCCUAUCUGCAUAAUUAUUACAUGCUUGGGACCUUAGAUGCAUUUGAAACAAGCACACAAGUAUCAGGAAUCUGCCUUCAGAAUGCUGAAUCAACUUGUGGAGCAAAUGGGAUGAUAAAGGCAUCUUGGAGAGACGCAAUGAUAUCUCCCCUUUGCUCAAAGAUGAUCUUGGCGUCUUAGAAUCAUAGAAUCAUAGAAUCAUAGAGUUGGAAGAGACCACAAGGGCCAUCGAGUCCAACCCCCUGCCAAGCAGGAAACACCAUCAGAGCACUCCUGACAUAUGGUUGUCAAGCCUCUGCUUAAAGACCUCCAAAGAAGGAGACUCCGCCACACUCCUUGGCAGCAAAUUCCACUGUCGAACAGCUCUUACUGUCAGGAAGUUCUUCCUAAUGUUUAGGUGGAAUCUUCUUUCUUGUAGUUUGGAUCCAUUGCUCCGUGUCCGCUUCUCUGGAGCAGCAGAAAACAACCUUUCUCCCUCCUCUAUGUGACAUCCUUUUAUAUAUUUGAACAUGGCUAUCAUAUCACCCCUUAACCUCCUCUUCUCCAGGCUAAACAUGCCCAGCUCCCUUAGCCGUUCCUCAUAAGGCAUCGUUUCCAGACCUUUGACCAUUUUGAGCAACACCUGUUGCCCUUGCAGUGUUCCAACAUUGGGCAACUGUUCACAUCCUGCAGUAUCAUCCCUCCUGCCUUAUCUAAUCUCACAGGAGCCGCCUGCCCGGAUCUGGUUUCUUAUCUGUGCCAGCCUAAAAUUGCAUCAGGAGGAAAAUCCAGGGGAUAUUUUACUAUAAUCAGAAAAGUCUCCCCAUGUCGUGGCGGCACUAUAGGCGGUGAUAAAUUUAGUCCGGGGGUGGACACACGGCAGGUCAGGGACUUUGGCUGUGAUUCCUGUACUGCAGGUGGUUGGGCUAAAUGGUCCGUUGGGUCCCUGCCAACUGCGCAGUUCUAUGAUUCUACGUCUAGUUGGUUUCCAGCAAGUCUCCUGGUGCUGAGAUUCUUGCAAAACAGGAUGAUGGGUUUUGGUGCACCUGCAGACGGGACCUUAAAAGCAUAGAAUCCUAGAAUCGUAGUGCUGGAAGGGACCAAGUGGGUCAUCCCAGGGGGGUCUAACCCCCCUUGCAAUUCAGGAAUCUUUUGCCCAGUAUGGGUCUCAAAGCCACAACUCUGUGUCCAGAUGCAGGGCUCUUGCCACAUUCCUAUGCUAUUCUGCAGCAUGACUGCCAGGUGGCCUGAAUGGAUCAGUGGUCUGACUCAUAAGAAGACCCUGUUCUGGACCAGGCCAAUGAUGCAUCGAGGCCAGCAUCCUGCUUUUGCAGUCGCCACCCAGACCACAAGCAGGAUCCGGGCACAGCUAUUACUUUAUUAUUUAUUCAAUCUCUAUAUUGCCUUUCCUCCAAGAAUAACAGGGCGGGUUACAAUAUAAAAACACAACAGUGCAUACCACGGCAACACACGAAAGCCAUAACCCACCACACACCCAGCUUCGAAGGCUGCAGAUUCUUUAAUUAGCCAAAGGCCUGGGAGAAGUGGAAUGUUUUCGCCUGGCACCUAAAGAUAUGUAAUGAAGGCGCCAGGCAAGUCUCCCUGGGGAGAGCAUUCCACAAAUGGGUGCCACUGCAGAAAAGGCCCCGUUUUGGUGUUGCCACCUUCUGAACCUCCUGCAGAGGAGGCACAUGAAGAAGGGCCUCAGAGGAUGGUGUCAGGGUCCAGGUUGGUAGUCAUAUGAGGAGAGGUGGUCCUUGAGGAGCCCUCUGCCCUCCUGAGGCUUUUGGCAACAGGUGUUCAGGAGCGUUGCUGCCUCCGAGUGUUGGCCACCCAUAGCUCUGUCCUGCAGGACUUGGCAUUAAGUGGUUCCCUGUCUUCUUUUGCAGCUAUUCUCCAGGGAACUCGGGCUUUGAUGGUGGCCUCCAUCCUCUUGGGGCUCAUCGCCUUCUCCAUCUCCUUAAUCGGAAUGAAGUGCAUGAAAUGCAUGGAGGACGACCAGGUCCAGAAGAUGAGGAUGGCCAUUAUCGGAGGCAUCUUCUUCCUGGUUGCAGGUCAGUAGCAUCUCUCUCUCCCCUCGGACAGUUGUUUUCUCGAGGGCAAGGGGGAACUGGAUGGGGAAGACACCAGAGGGGAAGACCGCAAGAUGGUUGACUCACUGCCUGCCUUUUCUCUCUCAUCUCCAUCCACAGGAUUUGCCGCCCUGGUGGGGACUUCUUGGUAUGGAAACGAAGUCGCACGCCAAUUCUUCGACAUUUACACGCCUGUCAACACCAGGUAAAUGCUGCCCUCAUGCAACCGGGCUGGGUUAAAGGUGUGGUGAUGUCUCCUCGUUUGCUUCCAGGACCCAGGUGGCAAAAAGUUGUUGCCCUGGACAACCCGUCUAAGCUUGCCAGGAUUUGCCGAGCUCCUGUGAAGAGGGGGCAAUGCUUCUGAGUUCCAGGUGCUGGGAACCACGGGAGGGGAUCAUAAGAACAUAAGAACAGCUGGCUGAAUCAGGCCAAUGGCGCCUGUAAUCCAGCAUCCUGUUCCCACUGGGGCCAAACAGAAGCCUGUGGGAAACCGGCAAGCAGGAUUCAAGCACAAGAGCAGCUUUCCCCUCUUGUGGUGUCCAGCAACUGGGAUUCAGAAGCAUUGUGGAGGCAAAGCCAAGCCAUUGUGGCUAUCAGCCACCCACAGCACUCUCCUCCAUGAAUUUUUCUAGUUCUCUUUUAAAGCCAUUUUGGUUGGUGAACAUCACUGCCUCCUGGGGGAGGGAGUUCGAUAGUUUAACUAUGGAACAUAACACCGGUCAUGAAAGAUCAACAUUGGCUCCCAGGACGUUUCCGAGCACAAUUCAAAGCGUUGGUGCUGACCUUUAAAGCCCUAAAUGGCCUCAGCCCAGUAGACCUGAAGGAGCGUCUCCACCUCCAUCAUUCUGCCCGGACGCUGAGGUCCAGCACCGAGGGCCUUCUGGCAGUUCCCUCAUUGCGAGAAGCAAAGCUACAGGGAACCAGGCAGAGGGCCUUCUCGGUAGUGGCCCCCUCCCUCCCAUCAGAUGUCAAAGAGGUAAACAACUACAGUGGUACCUCGGAUUACAGACACUUCAGGUUACAUACUCUUCAGGUUACAGACUCCGCUAACCCAGAAAUAGUACCUCGGGUUAAGAACUUUGCUUCAGGAUGAGAACAGAAAUCAUGCUCCGGCGGCGCAGAGGCAGCGGGAGGCCCCAUUAGCUAAAGUGGUGCUUCAGGUUAAGAACAGAUUCAGGUUAAGAACAGACCUCCAGAACGAAUUAAGUACUUAACCCGAGGUACCACUGUACCUAACAUUUAGAAGACAGCCCUGUUCAAAGAAGUUUUUAAUGUGUGACAUUUUAAUGUAUUUUUAAUCUUUGUUGAAAGCCGCCCAGAGUGGCUGGGGAAACCCAGCCAGAUGGACGGGGUACAAAUAAUAAAUGAUGAUGAUGAUGCUCUGUGUAACAACAACAACAACAAUUUAUUUAUUGUACCCCACCCAUCUGACUGGGUUUCCCCAGCCGCUCUGGGAGGCUUCUAAAAAAUAUAAAAACACCAUAAAAUGUCAAACAUUAAAAGCCUCCUGAUAUAGGGCUGUCUUCAGAUGUCUUCUAAAGUUGUGUAGUUCUUUAUCACCUUGACAUCUGAUGGUAGGGCGUUCCACAGGGCAGGCGCCACCACCGAGAAGGCCCUCUGCCUGGCUCCCUGUAACUUCACUUCUUGAAGUAAGGGAACUGCCAGAAGGCCCUCAGCGCUGGACCUCAGUGUCCAGGCAGAAUGAUGGGGGUGGAGACACUCCUUCAGGUAUACUGGGCCGAGGCCGUUUAGAGAAAAAGAAGUGAAGAAGUCCUUAUUUUUAUCUGUCCUGAAACUUCCAACCUUCAUCUUCAUUGGAUGUCCCUGAGUCCUUGCGUUAUGAGAGAAGGAGGAAAAGGGACUGUAGGCAGGUCUAGGCAGGCGAAACAUUACACUGCAGCCAAGAGGGAGGGACAACCUCCUCUUCCUUUUGUACAUCCUGCCUGCCAAAGAGAGUUUUGUGGCUUCGCAACUUGCAUCCUGCAUGUUAACAUCAAUUCAUCCUAAACUAAGCGAUCCCUUGUGACCCAGUCCGCGUUCCACACCGAAGGGAAUAUCUCUUGCCACAAAUGCUGGAGCAAGUUUUCAUACCUCCCCUCAUCCAUGGCUGAUCAUUUAUGAUCACAGUAUUAACGCGGAUGAAUCAGACCAAUGCAUUGUAACUGAAUCACAACACCUGCCCCUGAACGCCUGCAAGUCUCGUCCUGCUUUCAGGACGCUUGUGAAAGCCCCGAGUGACUAUCAUACAUAGCUGUACAUAUCCAGCUGUCCCAGACGGAUGCGAGGAGACCAUGGCACCUCACACAAAACAUAUGUGGAGUUAUGAAUAGGAAUGUUAUUUAUUCGUAUAGCUGAAGCUGUUCCAAAAAGCCAAAAUAGACAAAACAAAAUAAAACGCAUCGCACAGUUAAAAUAAUAAUAAUUAUUUUAUUAUUAUUAUUAUUAUUAUUAUUAUUUUCAAGUUGAGGUAGAAUUUUUUUUAAAAAAUAAUAAUUUUUAUUAAGUUUUACACUUUUAUAUUCAUCACAAUAACAUUAUCUAAAAAAGAAAAAUAAAUGCCGUUCUCCAAUCUCCCCUCCCACGACUUCCCUCAACUUCCUCUUCUGGUUUAUUACACAAUAACUUCUCUUGCUUGUUUUAUUAUAACUUAACAUUGCAUUCUUUAAGUUAAAUAUUUUUAUAUUCUUAUCAUUUUUAUACCUCAACAAUUUUCUAAAUGCCUCUUAUACUUGGUUAUUUUCUAAUUCUUACACCUUGCUUUUUAUCUUUAUUUUGUUGGUUGUAAGUGUUUACUCAAACCCUGCUAGUGAGUCCACUUCCUUACAAUGUUUCUAUAAAUACAACAUAAACGGUUUCCAGUCUUUUUAAAAGUCUCUAUUGCCCUUAUCUCUAAGUUUUCCAGUUAACUUGGCCAUUUCCGCAUACUCCAUCAGUUUUUCUUGCCAUUCUUCUUUGGUUGGUAUCUUGUUGUCUUUCCCUCUUUGGGCUAGUAAUAUCCUAGCCGCUGUUGUAGCAUACACUUAAAAUAAUUAUUUAAACCAGGCAUUCUGUGAGAUAAGAGCUUGCUCCCCUGAAGAAUUUAACUUACCCCUCUAACUUUUCUUAAAAUUGUCCCCCUUAAAACAGGCCGCUUUUCCAGAAGUGUAAAGGGAGACCUGUCCCCCUAUAAGAAGUUAAUCAGAUACCCAUUUCAUCUCUCAACUGAGAGAUUUAAACCUUUGACCAAGGCUUCUCUUAAGCCCUUGUAGGUUGGGCAAACCAUUAAGAAGUGGGGUGAGUCUUCAUGCACUGGAAAGGGAAAUGCAAUUAAUGGUUAGCUAUUGUUGGUGGUGAUUAAUUGGUGGUUUUCUUUCCCCCUUCUCCUCUUCUCCCAGAUAUGAAUUUGGACCCGCUCUCUUCAUCGGCUGGGCAGCUGCGGCCCUGACCAUCCUGGGAGGGGGCUUCCUGUGCUGCUCCUGCCCUCGCCGCGAAACCACCUACCCACCGAGCCGGCCGUACCCCAAGUGCGCCCCCUCUUCCGGGAAAGAUUACGUAUAACCCGGAAUGGAGGCAGAGCAAAUUGCUUUGGCAUUUAAGAAACCAAAGGGACACUGACUUCUCGUUGUCCUUCGGAAAGCAGGGCAUGUGCCUUCGCCCCCUCGCCCUGCUCUCCCUGGCGUAAAACAAAUGCGUAUAUUUAUAUCGAUGCCAUUCAUGUGUAGCCAUUUCUGCUCCUGCAUGGGCAAAUUCGUCCCCAUCCUUCCGACAGAUGAGGAGGCCCCAAACAUGUACAUAGCUGCUGUGAAAUGGCACCAAAUGUAUUCCCUUUCCUUGAGGGUAUGAGACAGGCAGCCCCACCACCUCCCCCCAAAUAUCGUUUGUGUAUUCCCUCUUUAUUCCCUUCCUAUGUUAGGGCACUCAAGCACGGGCCUGCCGCCUCAUUCUGCUUUUCCUUUGUAUAUAUUUCGACGCUGAAGCGGCAGAAGGGGCACAGGUCCAGCGCAGGAGGCCAGAGGUUUCAAAACCUUGAAUGAGGGUCUGCUUGAAGAAUCUGUUUGAAUGCAUGGAUGUGUUGGGUUUCUGUUCCUCUCCCCAAUCCCCCCAACCCUUUGCCAAAGAGUAGUUGGGCCCCAGAGUGGCCCCGGUCCUCCUGCUUUUCCUGCAUCCACAGAAGUAAGGCAUAAGGCCUCUGGUCAGAGAAGAUGACCAUGUUUGAAUUCCCCCAAGGUCCUUGGCUAAGGAGACCCCAUUCCACAGCUAAGGGUGGACCUAAGGAGUUGGCCUCUGAGAUUUUGCUGCCUGAGGGCAAGGGCAAGAAGGGGGCAUGGAUGCCUCAGGUCCAGGUUUGAGUUACAGCAUCAUAGAAUUGUAGAGUGGGGAGGGACCCUCAAAGGUCAUGUAGCCAAACCCCCUGCAAUGCUAUAGAAUUGGCCAGCCUGAAAAAUCUCCAAUGAAGGAGAGUCCACCACCUUCCAUUGUUGAACGGCUCUUAGACUCAGAAAGUCUUUCCUUGUGUAGACGGAAUCUCCUUUCUUGUAACUUGAAUCCAUUGGCUCAGGUCCCCCCCUCCAGAGCAGCGGAAAAACAAGUUUGCUCCAUCUUAUAAACAUAAUAAUCUUCCACAUGAAAAGUCCUUCAGACACUUCCCUGUCUCUCAUAAAACUCCCUGGGUGACCGUGAUAAAGACUGAAGAUCUGCCUGCACCUACUUGGGAGUAGACCCCCUUGACACCAGUGAGAUUUACUUCCCUUCUCUCUCUAUCAAAGCCUGCCUCCUAACCCUCCCCAGUUUGUGGUUCAGUCCAAAUUUCUCCCUGCCUGUCUGUAUUAAUUGGCUAAACUUCAGUGCCUGUGUGAUGGCAGGGUGGGUUGGGAGCUUAUCUAUGAGGAUGUUGUAUAAAGUGUUGACUGUUUUCAAUAAAUGUAACCUUUUCCUUUUUUUAAAGAAACCAUGUCUCUGUUUUGCUACUUAUUUUUUAUAUAUAUACUUGUACCUGAAGAG